CAAAAAUACAAUUCUGUCAAAAAUUUUCUAUUUUUACCGCUUUGACAAAAAAAGACGAAUUGAGAUGAUGGGAGUUGAGGACAGGGCAUGCGUGUGCGCAAGCUUUACUGGGCUCAGGGCCACUUUUCUGUUAAUUUCCAGCGCAGUCACCUGCUCCAGUUUACUAAUGGUUAACAUUUUUGUUUCUGACGCUCGAUGCCGAUGCCCAAUGUUGGCGAGUAACUGUUCGCAUCUGCAGGGCCUUUUUUGAGCCUAAAUUAUAUUUCGAGCUGCUCGUUUCUCUUUUUUUCGACUUGAGUUUCUCCAAAAAACGUGGUGUAUUUUUUAAUAUCCGCAUGGUCACAUACUUUUUUUGCAAAAAUAAUU